AUGGUGCCCGACUUAUUCCCUCGCAGUUUGCUGCUGCUAAAUAUACUCACUUCUGCUUCUGCAGCAGUUCUUGGAAAGAGAACCUAUGUCGAAACCGACAAUGUCCCCAAAGGAGCUCCAACAGUAACCCUCAAAAACGGAAGUUACUAUGGAGUUCACAAUUCCUACUAUGACCAAGAUUUCUUCUUGGGCAUACCCUACACCCAACCACCCGUAGGAGAACUUCGAUUACAGGUACCACAAUCACUUAAUGAGACAUGGACCGGGACAAGAAACGCCACCCAAUACAGUCCCGAAUGUAUCGGUUAUGGCAGUGAUCAAUGGGUUCUCGGCAACGAUAUUUCAGAAGAUUGUCUAACCAUCAAUGUCGUGCGACCUAGUAACAUCGCUGCUGACGCAAAGCUUCCUGUUCUGUUCUGGAUUCAUGGUGGUGGCUUUUUCGAGGGCGGCAGUAGGGAUCCUCGAUACAAUCAAUCGUUCUUAGUCCAGCGCUCAGUUGAGAUUGGAAAGCCCAUCAUAGGUGUCAGUGUGAACUACAGGUUGUCUGGGUGGGGAUUCCUCUGGGGCGAAGAGGUUGCUGCAGCCGGUGUUACCAAUCUCGGUAUUCGUGAUCAACGUUUAGCACUGCAUUGGGUUCAGGAGAACAUUGCUGCUUUUGGUGGCGACCCAUCUAAGGUAACUAUUCAGGGAGAAUCUGCUGGUGGAGCCUCCGUGGGUACGCAGCUCAUCGCUUAUGGAGGCCGUAACGACGGCCUAUUCCGAGGUGGCAUUGCGCAAUCUGGUGGUCCAACGGCAUUAGGUUCUUAUGUCAACGCUUCAGCCUGGGAACCAAACUAUCAGAAAAUUGUCGAGCUAGCAGGUUGUAGUAGUGCAAGCGACACCCUCGCUUGCUUAAGGACUCUACCAACCGAGCAACUUAGCACAAUCUUCAAUUCUACCGGUGUCACUUCGUCAGGCGGUGUCGUUAUCGAUGGCGAUAUUCUCACAGAGUCGGCUACCACAUUGACCAAGACUGGAAAGUUUGUCAGAGUACCCCUCUUGAUAGGCACAAACUUUGACGAAGGCACGGCGUUCGGUAUUCCUGGUAUCAACACCACGGAGGAAUUCAAAGAGUCGCUUCUAUACGAGGCGCCGUCGCUCACGGAAGAGGUUAUCAACAAAGUCGCUGAGCUCUACCCCGACGAUCCUAAUCAGGGUAUUCCAUCUACUCUCAAGGGUCGCCCUCCACCAGGAUCACCUUUUGGAACGCAAUGGAAACGCUCAGCUGCAUACGGCGGUGACCUGACAAUGCACACCGGCCGAAGAAUCUCAACCGAGGCUUGGGCCCGGUACGGCGUUCCCGCAUAUUCAUACCAUUUCGAUGUGCUCGUCAACGGAGUCAGCGAGUACAUCGGCAGCACGCACUUUCAGGAAGUAGCCUUCGUAUUUGACAAUACUGCUGGCCAGGGCUAUGAGAAUGCGGUUGCUGUUGAUCCUUUUGCCAAUGAGCCUGCGACUUUCGACGAAUUGGCUAGUAUCAUGUCUACCGCUUGGAUCAGCUUCGCGCACGACUUGGAUCCCAAUAAUAAUGCUUUCAGUAAUAAGAAAGGUAUCAAUAAGGAAGGCUUGCAGUGGCCUGUCUAUGGUCAGAAGAAUCCGUCAAACAUUGCGUUCAAUGUGAAUGUAACGGGGCUAGCGUAUGUCGAGCCAGACACUUUCCGGGCUGAUGCCAUUGCUUAUAUGGCGGAUAAUUUUGAGAGGUAUUGGGGACGGUAA